AGCGAGCAACUUUUUCGUUUCUCCUUCCAUGAUUUAAUUCGGGUGUCGCAGAUUUAAAAAAGGGAUGUAGUCUGCCACGACCACGAUAGGUUUACAUUUGAGAACAGGUCCAGUGAAUGCAUGAUCUCUGCUUUUGUCGCUGCGUUUGUUUGAACUCUUACAGGUGUCACAGGUCUGAAGGCUAGAUGGCAGCAGUGAUGGCAGAAGAUAACGUCUACAGAGAGGCGCAGUUGCAGGAGGUGCUCCCUGCUGACCAUGAGGAUAUAGCACAGCUUCCAGGACCAGAGGGUAACAUUCAGGGCCAGGUAGAGGAGUUUCUGGGACCUCAUCCAGAUUAUGAUGAGGAAGAGGAAGAACGAAAGUAUUACAGAAGGAAGAGGCUGGCUGUGGUGAAGAAUGUGUUGGGGGCCAGCUUGGGAGGCAUGAUUGUCUACAGUGUUUACUUGGGUUUGCUCCAGAUGCAGUUGAUUCUGCACUAUGAUGAAACCUACAGAGAGGUGAAAUAUGGUAUUCUGAACCUGCAGGAUAUAGACAGCAGGGUGCUGAUGGGCAUCAACGUCACUCCGGUCGUAGGCCUGCUCUACACACCUGUCCUCAUCCGGUUUCUCGGCACCAAAUGGAUGAUGUUUCUUGCCUCAGGAAUCUACGCACUCUUCGUCUCAACUAAUUACUGGGAGCGGUACUACACCCUGGUACCAUCAGCUGUCGCUAUCGGAGUUGCUAUAGUUCCACUCUGGGCCUCUUUGGGAAACUACAUCACAAGGAUGGCCCAGCAGUAUUAUGAAUAUGUGAACUAUAAAGAGGAGCAUGUGCAGGAGCAGAAGCGAAUGCCAAAGGGAGCUUUUCAUCGCUAUAUAAUAAUCUUCCAGUCAAUCUUUUACAUCUUCUUUCAUCUGAGUUUCGUGUUUGCGGAGUUCCCCAUGAUCUUCUUUCUCAAGAAUUUUCUUAAUGACUACAAUCACACUCUCCACAGUGUCCAGCACUGCGGAGCUGAGAGCAGCGGUGUGAUCGAUGGUUUUAAUAAGACCGUGCUGAGAACUUUGCCUCGGUCCACCGUGCUCAUUAUGGUCGAAAGCAUUCUAAUGGGAGCUGCCUUCAUUGCCAUGAUCAUAUUCCUGGCCGUGUGUGGCGCUGCAUAUCGGCCCACAGAGGAGAUUGACCUGCGGAGCAUCGGCUGGGGCAACAUCUUCCAGCUGCCCUUCAAACAUCUGCGUGACUACCGCCUGCGCCUGCUCUGCCCUUUCUUUGUCUACUCUGGCUUUGAGGUGCUUUUCGCCGUCAAAGGACUCAUACUGUCAUAUGGUGUGUGUGCAGUGGGGCUUGAGAACCUGUGGCUGCUGGUGAUGGUCUAUGGCGUGUCGUCCUCUGUGUGUUCGUCUUUGUCAUUAUUGCUCCUCCAGCCCCGUUUACCGCGGCCCGUCAUGCUAUCUGGAGGAGCAGUGGUUCACCUGAUUCUGCUCGUGGUUCUCAUGUGCUGGUCCCCUAAACCAAGAGAUCCUCAUCAGCUGCCCCAGAUCCUGGUGCUGGCCGCUCUCUGGGGCCUGGGCACGGCUCUCAACAAGACUGGGUUGAGCACUCUGCUUGGUAUGCUGUAUGAGGAUAAGGAGCGCUUGGACUUUGUCUACACCAUUUAUCACUGGUGGCAGGCCAUCGCUAUCUUCAUUGUGUACCUCUGGUCUAGCCUGCCAAUGAGGGCCAAACUCAGCAUCCUAUUGGUUACUCUGCUGCUUGCAGGCUUCUGUUAUUUUCAGAUGGAGCGUCGUAUUAAAAAGAGAAUAACCUUCAGGUUGCCACGGAUUCCCCGUCCACGGCACAAGGUCAAAGGUUAUCGUUACCUUGAGGAGGAAAACUCUGACGAGUCUGAUUCAGAAAAGAGUGACGCAGAGGAAGAGAUAGAAGAUGUCAGGCAGUUCGAAGAAGAAAGGGAUGGUGAUGUCAUAUCUCAGGGUUCUCAUUCGCCGGGCCCCGAGAGGAAGGCAAUCCAUGGACGCCGUCAGAAACGUGAUGAUGCUGCGUACGAGCAGGCCGGGGAAAGGGAAGAGUAAGACAUGUGACAAGACACAUUCCCACAUUUCACACGAAUUAAAGACAGAGUGAAAACAAUGUUUAAGUUGCAGCUGAUGAGUGGUGUUUUGAGGAGAGACCAUGAAACUUGUUUUGCUAGAUACUUUUACAAAGGAAAGCUAAAAGUUCUCAAGGAAAUUCAGUGAAAAGCGAAGUGGAAAAAGGGGAAUGGGCACAACCCUGUAAGGCAAAAUGCUCUGUUACUAUAGUAAUGGUCAAUAUCAUAUGUUGAAGGGUUUUUUUUUUUCUCUACUUUUUUUUUUCUUCCCUGAUUUUCACUUACAUAAUUUUUCACUUUUUAAAUGCUAUUUUUUAUUGCUUCUUUUUAAGCAGCACUGUAAAUACUUCAUUUCACAAAAUGAUUGUGGUUAUUGUUUCCUUUCAUACACAACCAGUCAAAAGUUUGGACACACUAAACUGAGUCCACUUUUACAUCCCGUUAAAGACAUUUUGAUAAAAGAUUAUGCAUUGCCUUGUGAUAGUAUUCACACUCCUUUUGCUGCAUUAAAACCUGGAUUUAAAAUGUA